UCUCCACUGAGCGCGUCCGCCGGCCUCCGACGUCCUUCGGGAGCUCCCCGACCCUAGCGGCACCAGGACUCGAAUCCCAGAGGCGACCCCGGGGAAGCUGACCCCCCGUCCCCCGGGGGAGGCGGAGCUUCGGAGCCGGAAGAAGCCUGGGUUACCAGGGAAACGCCGCGCGCCGGCGCCAACCCGGCUACUGCGGCCGGAGCGGAGGCGAAGGCUGGCUGGUCCCGCAUUUCCUGGCGCGGGCUCCGCUCGGAGCCGGGUCCUGCCCAUGGGAGUCUAGAGAGAAAGGCUUGGGGCCCGAGACAGGUCCGGCUAGUUUAUUAAUAGUUGAAUCACGUUAUGGGAUUGCUAGACAAACUGUCAUGCCUGCUGGGCCUGAAGAAGAAAGAGGUUCAUGUGUUAUGCCUUGGACUGGACAACAGUGGCAAAACAACUAUCAUUAACAAGCUUAAACCUGCAAAUGCUCAGUCUCAAGAUAUAGUUCCAACAAUAGGAUUCAACAUUGAAAAAUUCAGAUCAUCCAGUUUGUCUUUUACAGUGUUUGAUAUGUCAGGUCAAGGAAGAUACAGAAAUCUCUGGGAACACUAUUACAAAGAAGGACAAGCCAUUAUUUUUGUCAUUGAUAGUAGUGACAGAUUGAGAAUGGUUGUGGCCAAAGAAGAACUGGAGACUCUUCUGAAUCACCCAGAUAUAAAACACCGCCGGAUACCAAUCUUAUUCUUCGCAAACAAAAUGGAUCUUAGAGAUGCAGUAACAUCUGUAAAAGUAUCUCAAUUGCUGUGUUUAGAAAACAUCAAAGAUAAACCCUGGCAUAUUUGUGCUAGUGAUGCCAUUAAAGGAGAAGGACUACAAGAAGGUGUAGACUGGCUUCAAGAUCAGAUCCAGGCUGUGAAGACAUGAAAAGAUAGUAUUUGGAAACCUCAACAAUUUUCAAUUCAAGGAAUUUAUAUUUAAGUCAACCUGAAACCUUUAAAGGUUCUGAAAGAUUUCUGUGCAUCUAAGAAUGCGUUAUAAUAUUCUGCUUUUAUUUAUGGACUUCAAAUUAGCUUUUUAACAAUAUAGGACUUCAGUUAUGAUAACUUGCCCCAAAUUAGUUCUUCUCUCAGAAGGGUUCCCUAGAAUUAUCAGCCUCUUGGUAAAGGUCUGUAUUCAAUUAGAAUGGUAUAAGCCAACUCCAUGUCUCAUCAUGAUUUAGUAUAUAUUUUAUGCAUUUAGUUUUUAAAUUGUCUGUUUUUAAAUUUUAAUGUAUGAUAUAUAACUUCACAGUAUGAAUUGUGCUUGCAAAAGAAAAACUUUAGAUAUGUAUAAGGGACCAGGGUCAUUGAGCCAUAUUAAAUUUUUGCUAUAUGUAUCCAUUAAUAAAACAUAUAUACUAUACCAAUCAUUGUGCUUGAUUUAUGAUGAAAACAGUACUGUUAAGGUGAUAAUGGUGUUUUACUUUCAUUCAUUUGUAAAUGAUGUAAAAAUAAAUGUCCUUAAAGAAUAUUUCUUGAA